AGAUGUGUGAUGCAUAUAAAUACAAAAGAAAUAGGUAUAAUUAAGCUUUCAGCUGUUAGUAAUAGCAUGAAUAAACGCAGAGAGCAUCAAAUAAUAGUUGGCAGGUUUUCCUAGUCAUUCAAGAUGGUUAAUGGCAGGAUUCCAUCAGUCUUUAGUAAGACUUAUGUUACUCCAAGAAGACCUUAUGAAAAGGCCCGCCUUGAUCAGGAACUGAAGAUCAUUGGAGAGUAUGGUCUGCGAAACAAGCGUGAGGUGUGGCGUGUAAAAUACACUUUGGCUAAGAUUCGUAAGGCUGCCCGAGAACUUCUUACUUUAGAAGAGAAGGAUCAGCGUCGAUUAUUUGAGGGUAAUGCACUCUUGCGUCGCCUGGUUCGUAUUGGAGUACUUGACGAGAGUCGUAUGAAGCUUGAUUACGUUCUGGGUUUGAAGAUUGAAGACUUCUUGGAGCGACGUCUCCAGACACAGGUGUUUAAAUUGGGACUGGCAAAGUCGAUUCAUCAUGCUCGUGUUCUUAUUCGCCAGAGACACAUUCGGGUUCGCAAGCAGGUGGUGAAUAUACCCAGCUUCAUUGUGCGACUGGACUCCCAAAAGCAUAUAGACUUUUCUCUCAAGUCUCCGUUUGGUGGGGGUCGUCCAGGACGUGUGAAGAGGAAGAACUUGCGGAAGGCCACAAGUGGAGGAGGUGCUGCUGACGAGGAUGAGGAUUAAAUGUAAACAUUGUCAUGACAUGUAUUGUCAAUAAAAUCCAUUGUGUAUAAUU